ACUGGAGGAUGUGUGGUGUCCACGGCGCGGCCUACGGCAAAGGGAGUUACUUUGCCAGAGAUGCGUCCUACUCCAACAUAUAUGCCAGGGCCAAAAGAAACCUGAACAAGAUCAUGUUUGUUGCUCUGGUCCUGGUGGGGGAGUACACCAAGGGAAGCAGCAGCUACGUCCGGCCCCCACCAAAAGGAAACGGCACAACCCUCUACGACAGUUGUGUUGACAGCAAGAGCGACCCCAGCAUCUAUGUUGUCUUUGAAAAACAACAGAUUUAUCCAGAGUAUAUCAUCGACUACUCAUAAGUCACAAUGCUGUUGUUUUCCUUUGCCGAAUGGUCAGGGGUAAAUCUCUAUUAAGGGAUGAUCUUUACUUUGACUAGAAGCAGUUAGUGGCUUUGUUAGAGGUUUGUGGAGUUCUACAGUGGUGGAAGAAGUAUCAACACCACAAUGUAAGAAUACAAAUAAAAGUUCUGCUUUCAAAAUCUUAAGUAAAAGAACAAUCCAUAAUUUUAUGAACUGAUAAUGUUACAAUAUUUUCCAAGGAGAAAAUAGAGGUAGUCAAUGGGAUUUUUUUGUGCAACUAUUGUGUCCUGAUGAAAUGUGUCAGAAAAUACUUAUUGCAGAAUGUAUACCUAGAACAUAAUGCUAUUCUUCUAGUGCUAGUCUUUUGUUGUGAUUGGUGUCUAUGUUGUCGUGAUAACACUGUCUGCUGGCAGUCUACAUGAAGGAUGCUGAGGACGACAAAUAGUCUGGUGUUCAGAUAUGGAAUGAAAUUAACUGGUUGUUAUAUAAUAAACAUAUUACAAACAGCCA